CUUAGAAUGUGUAGUUAUGUACUCGCAUACAUAGAUUCUAGAAUUCUGACACUGUUUUGUGUUUCUUUGUCUGCCUUGUUCUAUAAAAAAGGUGUGGUUCUAUACUUCUAGGAGAACAACGAAAGGAGUAUUGAAGCCAUACAAUUGUAUGCCAGCAAUGUAGGAGAAAAAGAAAAUGUUUUAUGGGCUUGCUUUGACAAACUAGAAUUAGCUCCCUCAUCAUUCAAAAACAUCCUGCUGAUUGGUUAUUCCAAUGGGUUUCAAGUCUUGGAUGUUGAAGAUGCUUCUAAUGUAUGCGAACUGGUCUCUCAGCGCGAUGAUGAUCCAGUAACAUUUCUACAGAUGCAACCCAUCCCUGCAAAGUCUGAUGGCCAUGAGGGAUAUAGAAACUCACAUCCCAUGCUCUUGGUGGUGGCUUGUGGUGAAGCAGCUCAGUCCAUUCCUGCACAAAGUGGGAGGGAUGGCAUUAUUGAGCCUCAAGCAGGAAACAAUACGAACUUGCCUACUACAUCUACCCUUAGAUUUUAUUCUCUAAGGUCCCACAAUUAUGUUCACAUUUUGCGAUUCAGGUCUACUGUUUUUAUGGCUAGAGCUAGUCCGCAUAUAGUUGCUGUUGGCCUCGCGACGCAGAUAUAUUGCUUUGAUGCCAUCACCCUGGAGAAUAAAUUUAGUGUGCUCACCUAUCCUGUGCCUCAGUCUGGCGGUCAGGGUUUUACUGGAGUCAAUAUUGGCUAUGGUCCAAUGGCUGUAGGUCCAAGGUGGUUAGCUUAUUCAUCAAACAACCCAAUGAUAGCAAACACAGGACGAUUAAGUCCACAAAGUCUUAGUCCUUCUCCAGGUGUUAGCCCAUCUACAUCUCCAGGUAAUGGAAACCUGGUAGCUAGAUAUGCCAUGGAGUCUAGUAAACAACUUGCUUCUGGAUUAAUCAAUCUUGGAGACAUGGGCUAUAAGACUUUUUCAAAGUAUUGUCAUGAGCUUCUUCCUGAUGGCUCCAAUUUACCUGCAUCAUCAAGCACUGUCUGGAAUGUCGGAAGGGGUCCACUUCACUCAAAUGAAACCGAUGCAGCUGGGAUGGUUGUCAUCAAAGAUUUCAUAUCCAGAACUAUAAUUUCACAAUUUAGGGCGCAUAUUAGCCCCAUAUCUGCUCUAUGUUUUGACCCUAGUGGCACUCUCUUGGUCACUGCUUCCAUACACGGUAACAAUAUAAAUAUAUACCGUAUAUUGCCCAAUUGUUCUCAGAAUGGAUCAGGUGCACUUAACAAUGAUUGGAGUUCUUCUCAUGUCCACCUCUACAAGCUCCAUCGAGGCGUGACUCCAGCUGUGAUACAGGACAUUUGUUUUAGUAACUUUAGUCAAUGGGUAGGUAUUACUUCAACUAAGGGGACAUGCCAUAUUUUUGUACUAUCCCCUUUUGGUGGUGAGACAGGGCUUCAGCUACAGAGUACUCAUGUUAAUGGAACAACACUAACACCUAUACUUUCUAUGCCAUGGUGGUCUGCUUCUUCUUUUUCAACAAAUGCACACUCUUCUUGCCCCCCACCAACACCUAUCACACUGUCUGUCGUUAGCAGGAUAAAAAAUGUCUCUGGUUGGCUUAAUUCAGUAAGCAGUGUGGCAUCUUCUGCAGCAGGAAGGGUUUCUGUACCUUCUGGUGUUGUUGCAGCUGUCUAUCAUAGUUGCAUACACCGAGAUGUGCAGCAUGCUCCCCAAAAUCUGAACACUUUAGAACAUUUGUUGGCCUUCACUCCCAGUGGACAUCUAAUUCAAUAUGAAUUGGUUUCUUCUCUUGGUCGAGAGCAGGGUCAGUCUUCUUUGAGAAGUGGUACUGCCCACUUAAUGCAGAUGCAAGAGGAUGAUCUGGGAGUUAAAGUUGAGCCUGUACAAUGGUGGGAUGUUUGUCGAAGGGCAGUCUGGCCUGAAAGAGAGGAGUGCAUUCAGGAAAUCUCCCUCGGGAACCGUGGGUGCAUGGAAACUGUCAUAGAUAAUUCUGCCAGCGAAGAUGAUGACAUUGGAGGUAAGGAUAUAACAAAGCCGCAUGGUCAGUCUCACUGGUAUCUUUCAAAUGCCGAAGUUCGGUCAAGGUCUUGGAGGAUACCAAUUUGGCAGAAGUCUAAGAUAUGCUUCUAUACAUUGAGUUUCCAAGGGAAUGCAGAGCAUUAUAUCGAUCAGCUUUCUUCCAGCGGGGAGAUUGAAAUAGAGAAUAUUUCUGUUAAUGAAGUCGAAAUCAAGCGCAAGGAUUUGCUACCUGUAUUUGACCAUUUUCAGAGGGUUCGCACAAAUUGGAAUGAUGAAAGGGUUUCUUUUGAUGGCAGAUUCUCUGGUUCAUCGUAUGCUUCUUCCACAGCUAAAGAGAAACCAGAAGUUAGUUCUGCUAUUGCAAUGGCGGCUCCACAGUGUUUGCUGAAAAAGGCACAUGCUG